AUGCCCCAGGGGACAGAUGUCUUGGGAUCUUUAACAUUUGGGAUGCUGCAAAUGCCGAAGUUAAAUGAAAUACCUCCCGGGAGGGAAGGCCGGGGGGAGACUUGGGGAGAGAGGAGAUGGCCUGGACAAACAGGUCCUGAAACUGCGAGGCAGGAACGGGGGGCGCGGGGACAGGCGGGCGGCGCCAGAGCUCCAUGGGACAGCUGGGGAACCUGCAGGCCACCGCCACAUCCUGGCUCAGGUUGGGAACGGCGUCACCCCUCCCUACUCUGUGCCCCCUCCUCCCAGAAAUCCACCAUGGAGAGUAAGGAUGAGGUCAGCGACACCGACAGCGGCAUCAUCCUGCAGUCUGGCCCCGACAGCCCAGUCUCCCCUGUGAAGGAGCUGACCCACGCCGUGCGCAAACAGCAGAGGGCCCUGGAAGAGCGGCUGGAGGCGUGCCUGGAGGAGCUGAAGAGACUCUGCCUCAGGGAGGCGGAGCUGACGGGUGUCUUGCCAGCAGAGUAUCCCCUCAAACCAGGGGAAAAGGCCCCCAAGGUCCGCCGCAGGAUUGGAGCCGCUUACAAACUGGACGAGCGGGCCUUGCGCAGAGAGGACCCCCUGAGCAGCCUGGAGCGGGAGCUGGCCCUGCAGCUGCAGAUCGCGGAGGCAGCCCGGCGCCUGUGCCGGGAGGAGAACCUCGGCAGGCAGGCCCGGCGGCAGCGCAAGCAGGCCAUGCUGCAGGAGGAGAAGAAGCUGAGGGAGCUGGAGCGCUGCCUGGGCGAGCAGCGGCGCACCAGCGGGCCCCCUUCCACCGCUGCCCUGCCCCUGGGCCGAGAGCUCAGUGCCUCAGAUGACAGCUCUCUAUCAGAUGGGCUGCUCCUGGAGGAAGAGGAAUCCCAGGUGCCAAAACCUCCCCCGGAGUCCCCAGCUCCACCUUCCCGGCCUCUGCCACCCCAGAGCCUCGAAGGCUUGCAGCCAGCAGGACCUGAGACUGGGGGCCUGGAGCGGGCCCCAAUCCAGAACAGCCCCUGGAAGGAGACCAGCCUGGACCACCCCUAUGAGAAGCCCAGGAAGUCUCUCGAACCCAAUAGCGAGUCCAGCAGCCCAGCCACCACGCCACAGGAUGGGCCCGGUACCUCCAGCCUCUGGCUGCUGGAGCCUGCCUACCAUGUGGUGCCCAUCCGCAGCAUUCCUGGCCAGCGGCAGGGCCGCACCAGCGCUCCAGCCACCCCUGAGAUGCAGGGGAGGAGGGGCCAGUCACAGUCUCUGAGGACGGAUUCCUUCCGGGCCGGUCCCGAGGGCCGAGGUCGCAGCGCCUUCCCCCGCCGCCGUCCCCCUCACUACACGGUGACCGUGCCCGACUCCUGCUUCCCCCCGACCAAGCCCCCGAGGCCGCACCCCGCCUACCACUCCUGCUCGGAGGACAGCGGCUCCGACGUCUCCAGCAUCUCGCACCCCACGUCGCCGGGCAGCAGCAGCCCCGACAUCUCCUUCCUGCGGCCGCUGUCCCCGCCCGAGCCGCCUCGCCACCGCGGGGCCUGGGGCCCGGCCGGCGUGCUCUACCCCAAGCUGCUGCUGCCGCCUGGGCAUUUGCCGGCCGGGCGCUACGUGCUGGUGGCCGAGAGCCCCCUGCCGCCGGCGGCCGAGUGGGAGCUGGGCCGCGCCGCCCUGGGCCCCGCCUACGACGAGGACGGGGCGCAGCUGCGCUGGCAGCGCCUGGUGGCCUCCCGCAGCCGCGUGGUGCGGACGCCCUCCCUGAAGGACAGCCCCGCGGGCCGCGCGCUCAGCAAGGCGACCGUCUCCGAGGAGCUCAAGUCGUGGCACGAGCGGGCGCGCCUCCGGAGCGGCCGCCCGCACUCGCUGGACCGCCAGGGGGCCUUCCGCGUCCGGAGCCUGCCCCCCAGCAGAGAGGGCUUUGGCCGAGCCUCAGGUCCCCGGACACAGGUGGCCACAGUGUAUGUGUCCCGGAGAUCACCCGAAGGGGCUCCUGUGCAAGUAUUUGUGCCUGAGAAUGGCGAGAUCGUCAGCCAGGUGUAACCAAGGCCAGAUGUCACUGCGUGCCCCACGUGCCUCGGCCCGGCUCCCAUUAAAGACUGUUCCACAGCAGGGCUGGAGUCAAGCCCUCCCACCCUUGAAUGCC